GAGAGAGAGAGUGGGUGGGGGUAAGUGGAAGAGGAAGAAUGAGGAAGACGAGCCUCUCUGCACUCCGCUCCCAACCCAAGCACACAUGCGGGCUCUGCUGAUGAGGCUCCACCGCGGUCAUUCAGGUCGCUCCGGAGGCGCUCCAUGGAAACACGUCGACCACACUCCCGCCACCAACAAAAGAUAAACAAACAAACACACGAGGAAGCAGCAGGAAGAAGAAGAAAAAAGUGCCCGUGUGCAUGGGAAUCCGGACUGGUCUGUUUCCCCUCCACCACCACCACUACUACCACUACUACCACCACCACCACCCCCUCCUUCACCUCCUCCUCCUCCGACUUGUGUGCGCCUUCGCUCGGGGGCUCCGUCCGCCGCCUCGGUGGUUAUAAGAGGAGCUCCACUCGGCUCACCUCCACUCGGCUCACCUGCACUCGGACCACAGCUCGCACGGAAGGUUCAACAUCCUCAUCGACCGCCACCUAGCGUCUCUGAUUCGGACGUCAACAUGGCCCCGAGGCUGUCAGUCAUCGUCCUCGUUCUGCUAGUCAGGCUUCAGCCUUUGCUAGCUGGUGCUCCCCCCGAGCCCAGCUUGGGCGGCUCAGUGUCGGCGGUGUCCACCAAUAAGACGGAUUGCAGCAAGGCAGCUGAGUGCACGCCUGGCGUCAUGCUGCCCGUGUGGGAACCCAUGAACCCAUCGUUUGGUGACAAAGUGGCCCGGGCGACGGUGUACUUUGUAGCUCUGGCGUACAUGUUCCUGGGCGUGUCCAUCAUCGCCGAUCGCUUCAUGGCAUCGAUUGAGGUGAUCACCUCCCAGGAGAAGGAGAUCACCAUCAAGAAACCCAACGGAGAGACCAGCACCACCACGGUGCGCAUCUGGAACGAGACCGUGUCCAACCUCACCCUCAUGGCCCUGGGCUCUUCGGCUCCGGAGAUCCUGUUGUCUGUUAUCGAGGUGGUGGGCCAUGGCUUUGACGCCGGCACCCUGGGCCCCUCCACCAUAGUGGGCUCGGCCGCCUUCAACAUGUUCGUCAUCAUCGGGAUUUGCGUCUGGGUGGUGCCUGACGGCGAGACCAGGAAGGUCAAGCACCUGCGGGUGUUCUUCGUCACCGCCUCCUGGAGCAUCUUUGCCUACAUCUGGCUCUACUUGAUCCUGUCAGUCAUCUCUCCUGGAGUAGUGCAGGUGUGGGAAGCCCUGCUCACCUUCUUCUUCUUCCCCAUCUGCGUGGUGUUUGCCUGGGUGGCCGACCGUCGCCUGCUGUUCUACAAGUACGUGUACAAGCGCUACAGGACGGGCAAGCAGCGUGGCAUGAUCAUCGAGACCGAGGGCGACCGGCCGCUUCCUUCUAAGGUGGACAUCGAGAUGGACGGCAAGAUGCUCAACUCUCACGGGGUGGACUUCCUGGACGGCCCGCUGGGUUUGGAUAUCGACGAAAAGGACCUGGAUGAGGAGGAGACCCGCCGAGACAUGGCCAAAAUUCUCAAGGAGCUCAAACAGAAGCAUCCUGACAAAGAGGUGGAGCAGCUAAUAGAACUGGCCAAUUACCAAGUCCUGAGCCAGCAGCAGAAGAGUCGGGCUUUCUACCGUUGCCAGGCCACCCGACUCAUGACGGGCGCAGGCAACAUCCUGAAGAAACACGCCGCCGACCAGGCCCGCAAGGCCGUCAGCAUGCACGAGGUGCGCUCCGAAGUCUGCGACAACGACCCCAUCUCCAAGGUGUUCUUCGAACCCGCCACCUACCAGUGCCUGGAGAACUGCGGCACGGUGGCGGUGACCGUCCUGCGGCGCGGCGGCGACCUGGCCAAGACCAUCUCCGUGGAGUACCGGACCGAGGACGGCACGGCCAACGCCGGCUCGGACUACGAGUUCACCGAAGGCGUGGUGGUGUUCAAACCCGGCGAGACGGUCAAGGAGAUCCGCGUGGGAAUCAUCGAUGACGACAUAUUUGAGGAGGACGAGAACUUCCUGAUCCAUCUGUCCAAUGUGAAAGUCCUGGCCUCAGACGGCGAGGAGCCCGCAGAGGACGAAUCGGCGAACCACGUGGACUCGGUGGCCUGCCUGGGCUUGCCGGCCACGGCUACCGUCACCAUCUUCGACGACGACCACGCCGGCAUCUUCACGUUUGAGGAGCCCGUGUUCCACGUGAGCGAGAGCGUGGGCACCAUGGAGGUGAAAGUGCUGAGGACGUCGGGCGCCCGUGGCGUGGUCACGCUGCCCUACAAGACGGUAGAGGGGACGGCACGGGGCGGCGGCGAGGACUUCGAGGACGCGCACGGCGUGCUGGAGUUCCAGAACGACGAGAUCUUGAAGAGCAUAACCAUUAGGAUCUUAGACCGUGAGGAGUACAAUAAGCAGUCCUCCUUCUACAUUCUACUCCAAGCCCCCCAGUGGAGGAGAGGCAACGGGACAGAUUGGACAGAGGAGAAGCAGCAGCAGCAGCAGAAGGAAGAGGAGAUUGCAGAGGAAGAAGAGGCUCUGACGGGGAAGGACGAGGAGGAAAGGCGCAUCGCCGAGAUGGGACGCCCCAUGCUGGGAGACCACGUCAAACUGGAGGUGGUCAUUGAGGAAUCCUACGAGUUCAAGAACACAGUGGACAAGCUUAUCAAGAAGACCAAUCUGGCUUUACUGGUGGGGACUAACAGCUGGAGGGACCAGUUCAUAGAGGCCAUCACAGUGAGCGCCGGCGAGGAUGAUGACGACGACGAGUGCGGCGAGGAGAAGCUACCGUCAUGCUUCGACUACGUCAUGCACUUUCUCACCGUUUUCUGGAAGGUCCUGUUCGCCUUCGUGCCGCCCACCGAUUACUGGAACGGCUGGGCGUGCUUCGUCGUGUCCAUCUGCAUGAUCGGGCUGCUCACCGCCGUCAUCGGUGACCUGGCGUCUCAUUUUGGCUGCACUGUGGGCCUGAAGGACUCGGUCACAGCGGUGGUGUUUGUCGCAUUGGGAACGUCGGUACCAGACACCUUUGCCAGCAAAGUGGCGGCCAUCCAGGAUCAGUACGCCGACGCCUCUAUUGGCAACGUGACGGGCUCUAAUGCUGUCAAUGUUUUCCUGGGCAUUGGGGUGGCCUGGUCCAUCGCCGCCAUCUACCACCAGAGCAACGGCGAAGCCUUCAAGGUGGACCCGGGCAAGCUGGCCUUCUCAGUCACGCUCUUCACCAUCUUUGCCUUCAUCUGCGUCGCCAUGCUGAUGUACCGGCGGCGGCCCGAGAUCGGCGGCGAGCUGGGCGGGCCGCGGACUGCCAAGGCCCUGACCACCAUGCUCUUUGUCAGCCUUUGGCUCCUCUACAUCCUCUUCUCCUCGCUGGAGGCCUACUGCCACAUCCAGGGCUUCUAGGAUGGUGAAAUCUGGUCCAGGGGGGUGGGGAGAGGGUGAAGUCAAGGUGGCCCGUUCGGUCUAUCAAUCCCUCCCUUUUCGCAGAACGACUGACGAAUGAAUGGAUGAAGGAGUGAAGGAUGCGCCAAGUGCACCUCAAAACACGCGCAAAGGAAACGGGGACAUGGAGUCGCAGGAACUAUCUGAAUGCAUUUCUUGACUUAACUUAAAACAAUAGCCACUAAAAAUAAUGGUCUUAAAUUUGCCGUACGUAGUUUGCACACUUGCUAGAGUUAUAAAGAGGUGCAACCCUGACUGAUUUCGUUGUGUUAGCGAGGCCAUACGUGAGUGGACGAUACUGACCACAUGACCACAGGAAAGCCAGUAUAAAUGUGUGUGUGUGCGUGCUUGUAUAUGCGUGUGUGUGUGCGUGUUUGUGGACAUCACUGCUGCUUAGGGACUCAAGUACUGAGUAGUCACGUACUGUGAAAACAAACAAACAGCCACAACAAAAACUCACCUCUGGUUUUACCGCGUGAGACUGAAAAUGCUUUUGUAAAGUAUUCCAUCCGUUUUGUUUGUUUUUUUUGUUUUUUUCUAUUGGCCUGUAGAAACGCUGAAUGGUCAUCCACGAGAUGUAAAUCAACUCGAGCUCCCCCCCCCCGUCUUGUUGCGAAUGUUUUUCCCACUUGCGCUCUCCCGGACAUCUUUUCUGUUGCUUUGUACUGUAGGCGGAUAUGAAAACGCGUGCUUAUACCUUUAAGAAGGCCUCGUCCAAACGGACAAAAUGGCCACUGUACCGUUUAAAACUGUUAAGAGUAUUUUGUGUGCGUGCAUAUAUAUAUAUAUAUACACACACACACACUGUAUAUAUGAAAUCGCGAAAGAGAGAUUAAUUUGUUUGUUUUCCUCCAGUGUAUAUGUACCCCCAAAAAAAUUUGAAGUACCACCAUCAGUCAAACCUCUUUUUCUGAUGCCUUGCUCCCAUUCAGUUUCGUCUUCUGUGUGUCUUAAACCACAACUCCACAUCACUCUGAACAAUCGGUGGACCAUCCCAAAAUCCUUGAAGGGCUGACCCCCCCCCCCACCCCCCCAUUUAUGACAACUAAUCCUGAAACCUAACUUGUCACCUUGCUUGUAGUUUUGUCUUUAGGGUACACAUCAAAACAUGACGAUAAUGCAUAGAAUUGAUGUUGCAUGAAACUGGGCGGCCCACAGAAACGUUUCCGGUUGUUGAUAGUGGGUGAAAAGUGUUCCAUAGUUCUUCAUCCUUGUGGUAUUUUGACCGAGCCAAAUGUAUUCAGAGACGUGGGAAUUGUUUAAUCUGUGGAGGUAACGGCAUAGUGUCUCUCUUUAAAAGUCCUUGAAAGGUGAAAAUAUGUCUUGUAAAUUUGACACACCACCCCGAAAGUGUGAUUUUCUUAACAACCCUGCCAUUUGUUUAAAUCACCUAAUAUAUGAGUAAGGCUUCCAAAAACAUUUUGACACCCGAAUGCACUGAAACCAUACCCCAAUUAACUGUCAGCUCUCAAUCAAAUACCACUACUUGUUCUGGAAAAAUGGAUGCUACUUGACAAAGAAUAUUUCCUUUGCCGACAUGUACGCUUAAAUCCUCCUGGCGGGUGGCAUAUAUCUUAAUGGGUUAUGACAGGGCUUUUCCAGGAAGCAACUACGAGGCGCUUUGAAGCAGAAUUUUGGGGCAGAAACCGAUGACGCCAAUCCAAUUUGGGGUUUUCUGCCGAAUCGUUUUGAUUGUUUGCAAGUUAAUGAUCAUUGGAGUAGUUGGCCGGAAACUUCCUGCUGAUAUGUAACAUCUGUCAGUUGAGAUAUUUAAAAUAUGUAAUUUGCUCUUGUGUAGUUAGAAGCAUAAAUCCAUAUCAAUAAAUUGAUUUAACCCCCCAGCUCCCCUUUGUAUGAAACUGGAGGUGAGCAAGGACAAGUUUGGCAUCAAAAUCUAAAAAUGGUGACCCUGAAAUGGUGCUCGCCUGCCGAAAUGACUGAAUUCACACAUUGUGAUAAAAAUAAUAACAAUGACACCAAUCAUUUACGCCCGACUCUUGCAUGAUGCACGAUAUAUUUUUUUCUCCCCUGUUUGGAGUUCUCCUUCAAGGCCUUCGAGUGGCAGUUUACCCCUGUUUUUGUCUAAGGGACGAAUUUCUAUCUGAAUAUUUGCUGCCCAAGUGACUGUACAAGGGUUUUUCUAGCCAAGGGAUUCUUAUAUUUAAAAAAAAAAGUACUACACACACAUUUAUUCACCUUAAUAGCUUGUGAGAACCAAACGAUGUUGAAAAUUUCUUGAUGUAUUUGUCUCUUCACUGGCAUGGCGCUGAAGGUUUAUACACUGUAAAAAGUUGCGCUUAUUGACGGAGGCCGCCACUUUUUUGUGUCAAUUCGACUGUUGGCUUUCGGGCGCUGGCUUCACGUGGUCGGAUUUGCUGAAAACGUUCACGCUUGCCCAAUCUGUUUGAGCGCACGAAUGAAACGCUCGUAGUUGCGAAUUCGCCGGUGUUUGCAUCCAAAUUAGGUCGCUAGCCUUUUGUCUUUGAACGGGGAAUGAAGCUGAUUUUUGCGAUUUGUUGUGUGACAUUUCUACGAGCCCCAAUAGGCUUGGACAAACGCUCUGCCAAAGAAAAUGUUGCAUUCGAGGCCAUUGGGAAUUUGGGUCAUUUUUCCUCAUUAAUUUGGUCUCGGCACUUACUGUACGUACAAUAAGGAUGAACCUAACCAAGAGAUUUGCGGUUUUUCUUUGACUUUUUGGAUUGUCACAGAACGGUACGAGUCUGGAAAAAUGACAAUGACGUUAAAAGUCAUUGUCAUUUCGGAAUACACGGUGACCAUAGACGUGAUGAAACAUGUAAAAUGAACCCGAGCAAUGUGUUUGGCUUUUUCUUUGAAUUCCUUAAUGAUGGCCAAGAAGAAAUCAUCAACACAUCAUGCCAAUCUUCGUAAAACACAAAAUGGACCUGAUGAUGAGUCGUCUGUGUCUCAAAAAUAAAGUUCCAUGCAAGUAGGAAAGUUUCCCAGUGUUUUCGAAUGCAGCAUUAGCCCAAGCUAGCGGUGAUGCUAACGGAGCAGAAGCGGACAUGUUUUUUUUCAAUGAAGGAAAGAGAUUUGCACUGACUUUGUGGCUUUUGUGAAAUGGCUAAUGCUAAAAAACAUUUUUUUUUUGUUUUGCUAAUGUUGCUUACGAUGUAAACAGCCACCUUGUACCUAAUGUAAAAAAAUGAGAAGAAAGAAAAACAACUACAUAAUGAUACGAUUUACCUCCUGGUGAACUUCCUGACUGAUUGAGCAAUGGAUGAAUGGACAGACAGGAACGGCAACCGGGACGAUGGCGUGAAAUGAUGCCAAACAAGAAGCGGAGGAGUAAGGAGGGGUUUGAAAUUACAGCCAUAUUUCGUCGAUUUGUGAGUCAGCGAGCAUAUGCGUGUAUUGUCCCUCGUGUCUUAUCUUUCCUCGAUUGCUUAGGUCUUUUUCACUCGCAGAAAAAGCGGAACGCGAGGCAGCGACCAGUUUGUCUAUCUUCAUCUAUCUCCUAUGUUUUUCGGGAAUGUCAACGUGCUUACUUGUGGACACGGUGCAUGAAUGCUAAUGUGUGUGCAUAGUAGAGUUAUAGAGAAUCGUAUUCCAUGAUCCAAUUAAAAAAAACUUACAAAAAAAGGUCCGAAUGCUGUACAGAUUCAGGAUUUUUUUUUCAUGUUCUUUCUUUGAACUGUUUUGGGAGCAAAUUGCACAUUACAACAAAGGAGUAUUAUGGCCACAUUAAAAAAAAAAAGAUGACGUACAAGAGAUAGUUAUGUAUUUUCAGGAAUUAAGACGCAUGUUCUGGAGGGGUUGGAUAUUAUCAAGAUAAACAGAAUUGAUCUAAAAAUGUCACCUUUAACCCUUUCAUGCACCCUGUAACCUGAUAACAUGAUAAACUGUCCACUGUAGUAACCGCUGUCACUGAAAUCUUAAAAAAAAAUCACAAUCUUUAGCAUGCACAUUUGUAUUUUUUUUUAAUUGACAUUAUCCUUACAACAUGAUUGUCAAAAUACGUUUUCACACUUAAUUUAAAAAAACAGAUGUUUUUGCAAGAAAAAAUGUUUGUUGUUUUCCCAAAAACUUUCAAAUGUGACUUUGGCAGCUAAGCUGGUGGGCUAAUAACAGAGAUAGACUAUGAGCUCAAAAAUGUCUGACUCCAAAAAAUAUACAAUAUUAAUCUUCAAAAAAUGACAAUGUCUCAAACAUGGGAUUAUUUUUAUCCAUUAUUAAACAUAGCACUGAAAACCUACCAAAAAACCCAACCUAAAUCUAAAACUUUAAUGUCCAACAUGUGCUCUCUAAAAAAAAAUCAUGUAACUACUUUGUAUGACUGAACCCUUGAAAAUAUCACUUUAAUCUGUAAAAUCCUACAUUUUUAUCUCCAAAAAUGUAUUUGAAAUGAUGCUUGAUUUGUAAAAUUAGUCCUUAUUUCAUGUUGGGGAUCAAAAGUUGGAUAUUUUCGCGCUUACGUUGCUAACACUAUGAGAACACAAUUUUUUUGUUCUCAAAAUCGAUAAUCUUGCAAAUGUACGAAUCCUGAAAUUGACUUUGUAUCUUGAACUUUUUAAUCACAUCUGACUACACUUCUCAUAAAAUGAAAAUGUUUCUUUCAAAAUUGUACACAUUUUUUCUAUUUGAAUCUUGGAAAAUAUACAAAGCUUUUUUCCUGACUGCUUUUUUUUUUUGUUUUGUUUUUUGCUCAUUUAAAUGUGGUCCUAAUACUCUUUCAUACAUUUCAGAUUUUUUUUUUCUGAAAGAAAAACGGAGGCGAAAAAGGCAAUAUCUGCUAUUGUUGUCGGAGAACGACGGCUGAUACUUAAAACUUAUUUUGGCAUGAAAGAAAUACUAUUGUGUAUAUACUGUACAGUGUUAUUAGAAAAUAAGCGCAGGUGGCCAUCAUCGCUACCCCUUAAGAGAAAUAUUUAUUGGGGGGGAUGGGGGGGCAUUAUUGCAGUCAAGAAUGACAUACAGUAGAGUUUAUUGCCUUUUUGGGGACGUUGCUUGUUUUUUCACCUUUCUUUAAAUUCCACACGGGGCAUUUCAGACGGGCUUUUAUUCCUCCGUUAUUUACGUUGGUCGGCCUUUACGAUUGGCUCCACCUACUCGCUGUUAUUCCCAUCAUGCUUUGCUCCAUCCACUUUUAUCCCACAGGGUGCAGUUUGCCAAUUGUAAUCAUGUUUUGGGAAAAUAUGGUUUUGUUUUUUUUUGCCCUUGGUCCUCUUUGUGCGUCAAGGUGUUUUGGCUUAGCGUUGAAUGAUUCUUAAUCUUAUUUGUCGGAGGCCAACGGGGGAAGUUAUUUGUGUGUGUGAGGUGUGCGCAUGCGUGCGUUCGUGCGCCUGUGUGUGUUGCCACUGUGACUGCUCUCCAUGGUACUUCUGAUGAAAAAUCCAAUAAAAUAAAGUUUGGGAUACCCUGUUUCAGAGACA